AUCAAUCAUUUGCAAGAAGUGCUAUUCAAGAAGAGAAGAAACACAUCAGUAAAUUAGUAGAAUCUUUCUUAGAGGCAUUAUUGCUAUCAAAAAUUGUUAGCCUUAGAUUUUUUGCAAAUGAAUGCGAUAUGCGAGGGGUUGCUAGUAUAUGUAAUCUUCUUCAAAAAUCUUCAGAUAAUAUGCAG